AUGCAAUUUGGAUUGCAAGGCAACGCAAGCCUCAUCCUGUUCCACAAAAGUAAGUUGACGAAUUCCCUAUUCCCGAUUCCCAACUGCCAUAAUCAAUUCAACAACAUUGUGGCACUCGACAGGCUUCGUAGGACUGAACAGGAAUUUCUGAACUUUGCAAAUAGUAUACCAGAAGUUGAGGAUGAAACAAAGGGGCAGUUCGUCAUAAUGGACCAUGAUGUGCCGCCAACUGAACGACUGAUGAAGAGUAUUCAGGACAACGAGUGUCCGGAUGUCAUGGUCACCGUUAACGAUCGCAUGUUCCUGUGCCACAGGAUCAUAUUGUGCAUUUACUCAAAGCGAAUGCUGAAGCUAUUGAUACACAAAGUUACGAAUAUUGUGUUCGACUCGAAAGAUCUGACCGCGAAGGCAUUCAGCGAUGCAUACCAAUGGAUGAUCUCCCGGGAUGGCAUACUGAAUGUGUGCGAUAUGGUCGACAUUAUGAAAGCCGCUUACUUCCUGGACAUGCCCGAGCUGCUCGAGGCUUGUUGGAAAACCCUGGAAAGCCAUGCUUUCGACGAGUUCUCUGCAUUUCGCCUCAUGUAUGAGGCGCGUGGCGCCAACAACCUGUCGGAAAUAUUCGAUAAGCUGGCGGAACGCCUCUCCCGGGCAACCUUGCCAGCGGUGAGCAGUCGGGAGUUCCUCAGCCUCAGCGAAAUGCAAAUUUGCUCCCUACUGAAGUCCAGCAGUCUGCAAGUCAACUCGGAAAUGGAGGCAAGUCCAUUCAUCUAGCUAUGUCGCCGUUCAAGCACCAAUGAGGUAUUGAAACACAUCCGCUUUGGCUACCUGCCGCCCACCAUGCUGAGCAAGUUCAAGACACAGGAACGCUACAAGGUGGGUAACUUUGGUGAAAUUCUGGAGGAGUUUAGCAAGUCGCCCGAUGUUAACCAACUUGUGCGGGACGGAAUGUUUGACAGCACUUUGAUCAUAGCCGCCUACAACGAUCCGGGUGUCCUCGAGGAGAACGUGGAGUUCAAGCAGGUGAAGCUGAUGGAUCCACGCUGUUGGAUACGGGAUCGGCGCUGUGAAUACCACCGGGACGUGACCACGCUGUGUCCAAAUAUGCGUUUCGUAACUCUAAUCGAAUUCCAAAAGUACCUGAAGAGCCUGUCGAUGGCACGACCCGAUUUUGACCGAUUUUUCGAGUAUCCCGGUCAGAAGCGAAAUGAAAAACUAGAUUCUGAUCGGGAAACGAAGCGGGAAAUCAAUAAGAUGAUGCUCUUGAAAAGGGUGGUUGGCAUGGAUGCGGAUGUGGAUAGGUAUAUCGAACGUAUUAAGAACAAACGCAAUCCAAAACAAUGAAAAACUCAGAUGUUGCGGGCAUAGGGCCUGCUUCUACAAAACGUGAAAUUCUCAAGUUGAAAUUAGUUAUAAAUCAUUAUUGUUUACUUUAA